GCAUCUGCUAGAGACACUACGGUCUAUAUUUCACGAUAUGACAGAGCUUCUGGCUGGGUGAUUGCUGACAUGUAGGCAUCGCACUGGCUGUGAACACUAGCCGCACUUCGGGGUUUCAGGGUCUCGCUCCGGGCGUCACUCGAAGACGUUCCCUACUCUUUCUGUACUUAGGCCAGCUUAGACCUCACGCCUGCUGUACGUACUCGGCUCCGCGGACUCGUUCUGAGGCUUCUGAUGGUUGACUUAGCAAGUCCUAGGCACAUGUACCCGAUGCUUCGCGCCAUCCAGCAGUCCUCUCGUUAAACGCCGACGGGUGCCCCAGAUAUGGCCACAUAAACCUGUCCGAACGGCACUUUUCUCUAUCUCUUCUUCUCUCCUCUCUCCUGCAGCACUCCAACUAUGAGUUCCAUUCGUUUGCUUGACGCUGGCCUCUUCGGUCUUGCGGCCGUUCUUCUCUACAAGGUACUCAGUCGCAAGUCUGGUCUUCCUCUCCCACCUGGUCCCAAAGGCUGGCCCUUGAUUGGCAACGCCCUUGAAUUCCCUUCCUCCAAAGCGUGGACUACCUUCGCAAAAUGGGGCGAGCAAUGGGGCGGUAUUAUGUCUAUCAACGUUAUGGGCCAGACUAUCAUCAUUGUCAACGACCCUCAGAUUGCUGUCAACCUCUUGGACAAGGCUGGUAGUGAGCUUUCUGACCGUCCCGUGCUCCCCAUGGCUAGUCUUUGCGGCUGGGAUCGCGUACUCAGCGCAGCCCGCGCGGGCCCAAGGCUUCGUGAAAUUCGCAAGCUCAUUGGCCGGGUGAUCGGGACCCGUGGAAGUUUGGUCAAAUUCUACCCGUCACAGGACUACCAGGCUACCAUGUUUCUCAAGCGUGUCAUGGACGAUCCCACUAAACUCGAUGAGGCUACUCGCAAGACUGCUGGUGCCAUGGUUCUCCACAUCACUUACGGUUACAAGAUCCAGGAGGAAGGUGUCGACCCCUUAGUUGGUUUGGCCGACAGGGCUCUCUCCGAAUUCUCUGCAAUCACUACUCCUGGCGCCUUCCUUGUCGAUAUGAUGCCUGCGCUCAAAUACGUGCCCGAUUGGUUCCCUGGUGCCAGCUUCAAACAGCAAGCCAAGAAGUAUCACAAAAGCUGCGACGACCUUGCCGACGUUCCUCUCAACUGGAUUCGAGGCCAAAUCGCCAAGGGAGAGGCCGGACCAUCAUACACGCACGACUUGCUGAUGGAUAAGAAUAUCUCGGAGGAGAGGAUGGAACGUAUCAAGUGGUCAUCAGCCUCAUUCUAUGGCGCCGGCGCCGACACCUCCGUCUCCGUGAUCUAUUCCUACUUCCUUGCUACGACACUCUAUCCCGAGGUUGAGAAGAAAGCGCACGCGGAAAUCGACAGCGUCAUUGGCCGUGACCGCUUGCCCGGCUACGAAGAUCGUGCUUCGCUUCCCUACGUCAAUGCUAUUUGCAAGGAGCUCCUCAGAUGGCUUCCUAUCGUCCCUCUCGCCGUUCCUCACCGUGCCACUCGCGACAUUAUUUUCGAUGACUACUCCAUCCCCGAAGGUUCUCUUGUCAUGGCCAACUGCUGGAAGUUCCUCCACGACCCCGAUGUCUACCGGGAUCCAUUCACUUUCAACCCUGACAGAUUCAUGGGCCCCGAGCCAGAGCAAGAUCCCGCUGACUUCUGCUUCGGGUUUGGUCGUCGUGUCUGCCCUGGAACGCAUCUGGCCGACGCCUCCAUCUACAUCGCCAUCGUUAAGGCCGUCUCCGCUUUCAGCGUCAGCAAGGCUAUUGGUCCAGAUGGCAAGGAAAUUAUCCCUGUCGCUGACACCACUGAGGGUGUCAUUGUCCGCCCAAAGCCCUUCGAGUGCAAUGUCAAGCCUAGGCACGAGAAGAUUCCCCAGUUGGUCGCUGAUGUGCUCGCCCACCAUGAGGCUGCUAUCUAA